AUGUAUGCACUGCUUCUUGCCAGUCUUACCUCAGUGUUCACAAAUUCUGAGGCUAGCAAACAAGCUUAUGACGUCAAGUGUAACUCAUGUAAGGAGUACAUGCGCUGCCACCGUCUACCAUCUGAUAUUAGGCAUCGGGUUAUGGAUUAUUUAGAAAGCAGUUACCAAGGGAAGUGGUUUGAGGAGGAUGCUAUCCUCAUGGAGCUAUCAGAAUCACUGAAACAGGAUGUAAUCAUUUAUAACUGCCAACGUCUUGUGUCUAACAUGCCACUUUUUAAAGACACGGACCCAAACUUUAUCACAGCGAUGCUCGACAAACUGCAGUUUGAAAUGUACCAAACAAAUGAUGUUAUAAUAAGGAACGGUGCACUUGGCAAUCGCAUGUUUUUCAUUGAUAAAGGUACAGUGCUGGUGGAGUCGGCAAACUUAAUGUGCCAACUCAGAGAUGGAGAUUUUUUUGGUGAGCUAUGUUUGAUAACUGGAGGAAGAAGGAGUGCUAGUGUGAAGGCACUCACACCAUGCAGACUGUACUCCCUCUCUGUGACUUGUUAUAGAACUGUUCUACAACUCUAUCCAGAAGUGAAAAAUCACAUUGAGGAGGUUGCCUAUAGACGCCUACAGACUCAAGACGGCCCCAGCAGCCUCAAAGACAGGCACAGCCGACUGCGCCUCCUGCCAGUGGUGGUGUUCAGAACCGACCCGUGGUUGACUGUAGAGGCGACAAUAGGUUCUGCUGCCCGGUACAGACAGAAGCCUCAAGCCAAGCCACAAGCUGUGCAGCAGCCCUAG